ACACGCACACACACACACACACACACACACACACAUACACCAUUGUGUAAAACAAUAGUAAUUACCAGCAGUAAGGCUUUUUUAGGAAGAGGAACUUGCUCAGCGCUAGGUCGUCCAAGCCCUCCAGGUGUGUGUGUGUGUGUGUGUGUGUGUGUGUGUGUGUGUGUGUGUGUGUGUAGUCAUAACAAAGACACAGAGCUCUGCUCCACUGUAAACAAACUGAGCUGGAGACAGCCCACUGCCCUUAUCUCUCUGCUGUCACAAGGACUGUGUCAAGAAUGCCCUUGAUGUGAGUGUGUGUGUCAACUUCUUCAUCCAAAGUUAUAUCAAAACUCCUACUUACAUGGUGGUUUUAUUUCAAGCUAGUUUGAGGGUGUUGUAUUUUCUUUCAUCAAUAUAUAUAUUUUAAAGGAAACAACUCAAAGUAGCUAACUAUAAAAGCCUGUCAACCAUUUUAAUCUGGUGAUGAUGGUUUUAGGAUGUGGUUUCCUCAAACCUCCUUGGUUGAAUCUGCUCAGUAGUAAGUCCCUGUACCAGUAACUUUUUCCCAGCUUCAUUCACAUUUCAAGAAGCACAAUUAUACGUUUGAGAGUUCCUGGCACCAGUUGUCCCUUUCCCCAGUCGCAACAGCCCAUUCUCCCUGCUCCUCUGCCCUGUAAACUUAACACAAUGUCAACUAAUACACAAAAGCUCUUAUUUCUUACUAUUCCUGUUUUCCAAUGUGGUGCAUUCACAACCCUGAACUGAGAUAUCUGCUAUGAAUGGGCUCCAUCUCUCCAUUCAUUCAGACUAAAACGCACCAGACCACCAGACAACAAGCACUAGAGACUACGUGUGAAUGGGAGAUGGCACAGUACAACCAUUCACAUAAGUCAAGUAGGUUCAACUAGGAUUUCAGUGUUGCCUUUUUCACUGCAGUAAUACAUGUAGUAUGGCUAUGACCUCUAACUACUCUGGCUCCUCUGAAGAACGUGAAGUGUUCAACCUGAAUGACAUUGGCUUGUGUUGACCACACAACAACGACAUGAGUGUGCAUGGCAUAAGAUCAUGUAGGAAUGGAGCAGGGUUAACCCAUAUGGGCACACAGAACAGGGCAUAACUCCCCUCAAACGUCCUCCAGUAAAACUAGAACGUUUUAAUGAAACGAGAGAGAGAGAGAGAGAGAGAGAGAUUAAACGGUAACACGAGAAUAACGUCACUCGCUCUCAGAUGUAAGCAGACUGGUCCGGAGAAAACCGCUUGCGCCUCACUCAUUCGUGGUCGAAGAGAGAAAGCGUGGGGUAGAAAUAGACUUGGACCAAGGAAUCGUGUGGGUAGAGGCAGCACACGGCAUUAUCCACAAAGAAACGUGUAACGCAAAAAUAGUGGUUUUAAAAAGUUAUUUCCGCCAGUUGGAUUUUUUUUUAUUGAAAAGCGCCCAUAUUCAUCGCUGGACGUUUUGCAAAACGUGGAAAACCUACCCGUUCUGAAGAGAAGACUUGCAUAACCAGGUCUGAAGUGAACCUGACUCUGGCUCGUCCUCAAGACUCCACACAAAAGGUGUGUAGUUGGUGAGAAGCCAGCUGGCUGGCCCUGGAGACACGCCUUCACUACGAUGUAGAGUCCAGAAGAGAGAGAACGAGAGAGAGAGAGAAAGACGAAAGCGAUACUGUUUUCUCGCUACGCACAAGACAGGAUAGAGAGCAAGUGAAAGAGGGUGAGUAAGACAGUGGGAAGGACGGAAAGAAAAGAUCGAGUGACCGAGCAGAAAGAAGGAACAAGAACAACAGCAGUGCCCGAACCACAUCAGGAGGAGAUAAGAGCAGAGAAAGAGAGGGACACUGUGAAUCAUUGACCUCAGGCCCUGCCUCCAAACCAGCCUCUCCCGCCCUCCUCCUCCUCCUUCCUCCUUUCCCUGCGUUGGAACUGUUCACUCUCUCCCACACCUCUGUCACAACAGGAACCCAUUCUUUGCUCUCUCCCUCCACCCGUUCCCCUCUUCCUGAAGACCCCUGAGGACUUGAACCUUCACCUUUGACCCCACCUGUGUGACCCCUGGAUGACAGUCCACCUCUCCCGGAAUCAACCCCGUCAAACUUCACUGAACAGAAACACCAGGAACACUUCAGACGCACUGCCAACGUCAACACCACCAUGUGUCACGUGAUCGUGACCUGUCGCUCCAUGCUGUGGACUCUACUCAGCAUCGUGGUCGCUUUCGGCGAGCUCAUCGCCUUCAUGAGCACCGAUUGGCUGGUGGGCUCCCCCCGGACACCGGACGCCGUCUUCAGCCCUCACGGCGCCACUGCAGCCGGCGAGGCCUACCGGCCCACCCUGGGCAUCUACGGCCGCUGCAUCAAGCUGCCCCACCUGCAGCGCGGCGUGCUGUGUGGGCCGUACGCCGCGCACUUUGGGGAGAUCGCCAGCGGGUUCUGGCAGGCGGCGGCCAUCUUCCUGGCGGCGGGCAUCCUGCUGCUAUGUGCCGUGGCCUUCAUCUCCGUCUUCACCAUGUGCUUCCAGAGCAUCAUGAAGAAGAGCAUCUUCAACGUGUGUGGACUGCUGCAGGCCAUCGCAGGUCUGUUUCUGAUCCUGGGUCUGAUGCUAUACCCUGCAGGCUGGGGUUCAGACAAGGUGCAGCUGUACUGUGGUCAGGACGCGGCUCCCUACCGGUCGGGGCUGUGCACCAUGGGCUGGGCCUUCUACACAGCCAUGGGGGGCACCGUGCUCACCUUUGUCUGUGCUGUGUUCUCCGCCCAGGCUGAGAUCGCCACGUCCUCAGACAAGGUGCAGGAGGAGAUUGAGGAGGGCAAGAGCCUUAUCUGCCUGCUCUGAGGCUGACGAGGAGGAAUGUCACGUCCUACCCCCUCGUCUCCACUCUGGGGCCCAGCUGUCAAUCAAACGGAGCCCCCCCCAAUAUUGUUUACCACUAAGACUGACUCUCUGACCUUUGACCCUGUAUUGUUGUUAUUGUUGAUGUGGGAGAAAUCUACAGUGCCAAGCUUUUCACAAACGUGUGUUUCAGUGUAUUUCCUCUCUCCGCCACCAGAGGUGCUGUCUGUCUGUGUUCUGUGUGUUAUUAUUUGUAAUGUGUGCCAGUACCAGCUACCCUGACACCAGUAAGUUUGUAUUGUAAAUAAGUGUGCAUAUACUGUACAUAGUGAUGAUGAUGAUGAUCUGAGAAUGGUGGUCCUCUCAGCUCUGUUCAGGCUGUGUUUUAAAUGAUGUCACUCUCACCUUGAAUCCUGGUGUGAUGAUGUCACGACCUGAAGAUCCGCCUACCUGGUGCUAGUCAACUGUAAUAACUUAAAAUCCCAGAGAGAAGUUGCCCCUGGCUACAGAUCUAGGAUCAGAAUUCCCAACCCCAAAUCAUAACCUGAACCUAAUGGGGAGGAUCAAAUAACAUCUGACCCUGGACCAGCGGUUAGAGGGAACUUCUGCCAGCGCCAACUCAAGCCAGGUGUGAGUAAAUUUACAAGGGAACCACUACUCAGUCCAGUAAACUACUCUCAGACAUUGGCUUAGUUUAGUAUGGAAUCGUGAUGUCCUUACAGCUUACAGAAUGUACUGUCAAUUGAAAUGACCAAUGUGUGUCUUCUUGGACCCUUGAAAUGACCAAUGUGUGUCUUCUUGGACCCUUGAAAUGUAUUGAUGCGACACCUACACCAGCCAUGGUUCACACGGACUGCAUGAGCUUGCUAAGAGAGAGCUGUGGUGUGUUUGUGUGUGUGUGUUUGUUAUUGUGUGUGAGAGACUGCCUGGACCCCCCCCAUCCCUGAUGAUCCUAGCCUGGUCUCGUUGAGGUCCUCCUCAGCCGACUCCCUAUAAUCUAUGGACAAAGACUUGGACAACAACACACAAGUAUUCAUAUGAGUGUCUUGUUUCAGGGAGGACUCUUAUUCCUGCGACACCAAGGGAGGACUGUUAUUCCGGCAACACCAGCCACAGCGCUGGAGAGAAACUGUUGAAACGUGUGUUGUUGAAUGGUCAGCCCACUUUCCCAGCACCUCGGUCCGUCUCUGCCAAACCAAUAAAAACAGAAAGAGAAGGUG